AUAUUAUUUUAUUUUCGUUUUAAUUGUAAACAAAAGUAUUUAUUUCAUAUAUUUACUGUUAGUAAAAGUCUUCCACAAUAAAAAAAAUGAAGUUUUGUUAGGGUAAGAAGUAACAUUUAGUUGUACUUCAACUUUUAAUCACCCAUCAGUUGAAAUUGUCUGGAACAUGUACUAUAGAUGUAGAUUGUAGAGUGCGCUAUAACUACAUUGUCAGCGAGAACCAUAGCGGGUUUACGAUCUUCCAUUUUGGUGAGAGCUGUAUAUUGGUUUUUUCUUCUACUGUAGUCUCGUUUAGACCGCAAUGACUUGCAAAAGAAGGAAUGGCGGACGUUCAAAACACGGGCGUGGACAUGUCCAGCCCGUCAGGUGCACUAACUGCGCCCGAUGCGUUCCUAAAGACAAGGCCAUUAAGAAGUUUGUUAUAAGGAACAUCGUUGAAGCUGCAGCUGUUCGGGAUAUCACUGAUGCCAGCACUUAUCCAGCUUAUCAGUUGCCCAAGCUCUACGCAAAGUUGCACUACUGUGUCUCAUGCGCUAUUCACUCUAAAGUCGUGCGUAAUAGGUCUAAAGCCGAAAGACGUAACAGGACUCCACCGCAGAGAAAUUUCCCUAGAGACAUGAGACAGGGAGGACAGCAAGUCAGAAAAUAAAUUGUCAUUUUUUUCAAUGUUUCAAUAAAUUUUAAAUAAAACUUGUUUCAUAUAUUAAA